AUGCCUGGUCAUCAUCCACGCACAAUUACCUGGCCCUACAUCUGUGGGCGUGGGCGAACUGGAAGUUGUGUUAUUUCUAGGCAAGGAGCAUCCUCGCUUGAAAGCGUUGUACCACUAGUAACAACUAGUAAUACAAUAUAUCUUACUCCUCCUGAUAACACAACUCAAGUAGUCAUUAUUAACACCACACUCUCUUCUGCGGGUCAAACUCCCGAAGCAGCAUACAUCCCAUCUUCAGCAGCAAGGACGAUUCCGUCGCCUGUUUUACACAUUCCUGCAAUUACAACUGCAGUCAGGGCAACGGGGGAGGUAGUACUUAUAAACCCCAUGACAAUAUAUGGUUUUGAAUUUGCUAGUUAUAUCGUGAAAGACUAUUGUCAGACUCAAGAGCGUCAGGAGAAUCAGGAAGUCAGACGAACGUUGUCUCAAGCGUCUAGCCCAGCGGAGGAAAAGAAAUCUCUGAAGACAGCGGUACAGUCGACGUCGAGAGAACACUCGCGACACGCAUCGCCAGUACAGUCGUCACCACAGGCAUCACGCCCACCUAAAAGACGUACAUGUCAACGCCCGCCAAGUCCCCCAUUCGUCAGUGCCGUGGAGAGAACGAUAAUAGAGACAUUGGCGCCAAAGAAGAGAAAAAGGAAGUGGUGCCGAAGACAGGUGAAUACAGCAAAGAAGGGGCUUCAAAUAUUGGUCAAGAAGUUUCGAAAGACAGCCCCAGUGCAAUCGCCACUGCUAGAACUACUUUCAUCAUCGGCGCUAGCUCCAGCUCCAGCUCCAGCUCCGGGCCCAGCUUAG